AUGAUAAAACACUCAAUGCAAAUUCAUGGUCAAUAUAUUCAAUGGCAACACAUCAAACGUUUAUAUGAAGAGGAUAUAAAAUUGACAGGAAAUUUGAGAGUGUGCCCAAAGUUAUCCAAAAAUCACAUUCAACUUAGUGUUUCUGAUAAAAUGAGGGUUCGCUUGGCCACUCAAGUCUUGAGUAAUUCAGUGGCUAAUGGACUAUUAUUUUAUAAAAACUAUAACAUUGCUGGAUUUGAAGACUGUGAACCAACUGCCAUGUUUUGUCGUAAAUUUAAUGAUUGCUUUGAUGCUCUUAAUAGAAAAUUUGGUGCUGAAGGACUCAGAGUGGAUGGCAAAGAUUACCAGUUUCCUCAAUCAUUUUUAAUUUGGAUGAAUGAUUGGGAAAAACAAUAUGAUGAUGGCCAAAUAAAAAAAUCUGAAUUCCUAACAGACAGUACUGCUUAUUGUGGUCUGAGAGUGACAAUCCAGUCUACACUUGAUCUAUCCAAACACUUGAAUUCUUGUUGGAAUUUCAAAUAUUUAUUAACUGGAAAGAUAAACCAGGAUAAAGUAGAAAUGUUUUUUGGAAUAAUUCGCCAAGCUGCGGGAUCCAACGAUCACCCAUCAGCGCCAACAUUUCUACAACUGUACAAGUUAUUAUCAACUUACAGUAUACUGAAACCAUCCAAAAGUGGAAAUUGCACCAUAAAUGAUGAUUCUCCAUUAACUCCAUUAAUUUCCAUAUCAGAUUUGAAGAAUAUUUAUCAUCCUGAAAAGUCAAACUUAUUAGAAAAUUUGAAAAAUAAAUUAAAUAUAAUAAUAGAACAAGAAGAAUGGGAGUUCACCGAUGUAGUCGAACACGAUUAUGCAAAAGCUGAGGUUGUAGACUGUUUAAUAUACUAUUUGACUGGAUAUUUAUCAAAGCAAUUGCUGAAAUAUACCAAAGACCGUGAUGUCUGUAAAUCUUCUUUUGUUGUAUCAGAAAUAUAUUCUCAGCAGUUGCCUGCUACUUUGGUGAACAUGAAAACAAGAGGUGGAGAAAUACACCCUAACAUAUGCUUCUUAAAUUUUAUAAAAAAAGUCGAAGAAAGUUUUAGCAAACACUGUACAUCGGCAAACGUUUUGGACCAUAUUACAGAUGAUUUAAUGAAAGUUACACCAGUCAGUUUUCCAUGUGCAAUACACGGUGAACAGAUAAUAGCAUUUACCAUUAUGUAUUAUGUUAGAAUGCGCAUGAGACAAUUUGCCCUCCAAGAAAACAAAAAACAGAAUAAGGCAAACAGAAAUAAAAAAAAAUUGCAAAGUUUUGUAAAACAUAAUAAUAAUGUAUUUAUAAAACUGAUUAAAAAAGUAAAAAACAUUAUACCAAAGAGUAAUUUUAAUCGUUUUCUUUAA